AUGGCCCCUCCAAACGGCCCCCAAAGCAUGGCGACGCGGCAGACGCUGCACCAAUCCUCGCAUUCUACCUUGAGCAGCGUCUCCUCUCGCUCACCUUCACAGCGGCAGCAGCAGCAGCAACGUCCGCCGCCGCCGCCGCACAGCAGCAGCAGCGACCGGCGCCACUCGGCCGGCGACGGCGACGGCGACAGCGACAAGAAGACGUGGCUCCGCUCGUUCAAGACGUGGCUGACCGUUAGCGAGCCAUCGGCGCAGGCCAUGAAGACGCAGAAGCGCGACGCGUUUCGCCGAGCCGGCAUCGACCCCAAAGACCCGGCCGCCGCGGCCAAGAUGCACCUGCCGCUGGGCACGCUGCCGCUGGGCGCGACCACGUCCACGUCGGGACCCACGCCCGAGGAGCGCCUCGCCAGGGAGCGGCGGAGCCGGCCGCAGUGCCGCACGCACGGGUCGGCGCAGUCGGUGUCGAGCGGGAGCUCGACAAGCGCGCCGCCAAGCAUUCGUGACGUGAACCACGUCGCUCCGUGGGAGAAUUGA